GCUUCUGCACAUAGUCCAACAACAGCAGAAUUUUGUCAAGAUUACAACGUGAAGGAGGGAAUAUUACCAAUUCUUAUCUCUCUCUAAUAAGAAAAUGGGAAGAGGACGGAAUAGCUGCAUGCACAAGGCCAGGCAGUAACAUAAAGACCUGAGAUACAGAGGAUAAGAAAGAAAGGAAAGACAGACCGUCUUGCUCUGAAGUUAUUUGUACAAAGGAUCAAUAUUUCGAGAUGUGCAAAGGAGAGGGGUCUGACUGACAAGCUGCCUUGAUUCACUGUUAUUCUAACUGUGACUGGAAUGACUGAAAAUUCCCUCAAAGAGUUUCUAGUCUAUAUUUCCAUAACUAUUCCAAGCCACUAGUCCAAUGAAGUUGGAGUUCAUUCUUCCAGUGUGAGUUACUUAAUGCAACCUAAAAACAUGAUGAAAAAGAAGAGCACAUCUGCAAGCAAAGCUUCCUUGCUUCUCUUUCUGUGCCAAAUGAUUUCUGCAUUGGAUGUACCUCUAGACUCAAAACUUCUAGAAGAAUUGUCUCAGCCUCCAACGAUAACUCAGCAAUCUCCAAAAGAUUACAUUGUUGACCCUCGAGAGAAUAUUGUAAUACAGUGUGAAGCAAAAGGAAAGCCACCGCCAAGCUUCUCGUGGACACGCAAUGGAACUCAUUUUGAUAUAGAUAAAGAUGCACAGGUAACAAUGAAACCAAAUUCAGGAACCCUUGUCAUAAAUAUUAUGAAUGGUGGAAAGGCAGAAGCAUAUGAAGGAGUAUACCAGUGUACAGCAAGGAAUGAACGAGGAGCAGCCAUUUCCAACAAUAUUGUUAUAAGGUCAUCCAGAUCCCCUUUGUGGACUAAAGAAAAGCUAGAACCAAAUCAAGUUCGAGAAGGUGAUUCUCUAGUACUACACUGCAGACCUCCUGUUGGCUUACCGCCACCUAUAAUAUUUUGGAUGGAUAAUGCUUUCCAAAGACUGCCUCAAAGUGAAAGAGUUUCCCAAGGUUUAAAUGGAGAUCUUUAUUUUUCUAAUGUACAACCAGAAGACACCCGUGAGGACUAUAUCUGCUAUGCAAGAUUUAAUCAUACACAAACUAUACAGCAGAAGCAACCGAUUUCUGUAAAGGUUCUUUCAGUGGAUUCAUUGAAUGACACUAUAGCUGCUAAUUUGAGUGACACUGAUAUUUAUGGUGCCAAACCAGUUACAGAGAGGCAACCGAUUCUUCUAACACCAACAGGUAGCACAAGUAACAAAGUGGAACUGAGAGGAAAUGUGCUUUUGUUGGAGUGCAUUGCAGCAGGAUUACCCACACCAGUAAUCCGCUGGAUUAAAGAGGGUGGGGAACUGCCAGCCAACAGAACAUUUUUUGAAAACUUUAAGAAAACUCUCAAGAUCAUAGAUGUUUCUGAAGCUGAUUCUGGAAACUACAAAUGUAUAGCAAGAAAUAUAUUAGGUUCUACUCACCAUGUCAUUUCAGUAACUGUUAAAGCUGCCCCAUACUGGAUAACAGCGCCCAGAAACUUGGUCUUGUCUCCUGGAGAGGACGGGACGUUGAUUUGCAGAGCCAAUGGCAACCCAAAGCCUAGUAUAAGCUGGUUAACAAAUGGCGUUCCCAUAGCAAUUGCCCCAGAAGAUCCUAGCCGAAAGGUAGAUGGUGACACCAUUAUUUUCUCAGAUGUGCAAGAAAGGUCAAGUGCUGUCUAUCAGUGCAAUGCUUCUAAUGAAUAUGGAUACUUGCUGGCAAAUGCAUUUGUGAAUGUUUUGGCUGAGCCACCAAGAAUUCUUACUCCUGCUAAUAAACUGUAUCAAGUCAUUGCAAAUAAUCCUGCAUUGCUAGACUGUGCUUAUUUUGGUUCACCUAAGCCUGAAAUUGAAUGGUUUAAGGGAGUGAAAGGUAGCAUCUUGCGUGGAAAUGAAUACGUUUUCCAUGAUAAUGGAACCUUGGAAAUUCCCCUGGCUCAAAAGGAUAGUACUGGUACAUACACGUGUGUAGCAAGGAAUGAAUUAGGAAAGAUACAAAAUGAGGUGCAGUUGGAAGUGAAAGAUCCAACAAUGAUAAUUAAACAGCCAGAAUAUAAAGUGAUUCAGAGAGCUGGCCAAGUGUCAUUUGAGUGUACAAUAAAACAUGAUCCUACUUUAAUACCAACAGUUAUAUGGUUGAAAGACAAUGGAGAACUGCCAGAUGACGAAAGGUUUCUAGUUGGUAAAGACAACUUGACCAUUAUGAAUGUAACUGAUAAAGAUGAUGGAACAUAUACUUGCAUAAUUAAUACCACUCUGGACAGUGUUUCAGCAAGUGCUGUGCUUACAGUUGUUGCUGCUCCCCCAACUCCAGCUAUCAUUUACGCUCGGCCAAAUCCACCUUUUGAUUUGGAAUUGACAGGUCAACUCGAAAGAAGCAUAGAACUCUCAUGGAUACCAGGAGAUGAAAAUAACAGCCCAAUUACAAAUUUUCUUAUUGAGUAUGAAGAUGGACUACAUGAACCAGGGGUAUGGCAUUACCAGACAGAAGUUCCUGGAACUCAGACAACAGUACAGUUGAAGCUAUCUCCAUACGUCAACUAUUCAUUCCGUGUAAUAGCUGUCAAUGAGAUUGGUAGAAGUCAGCCAAGUGAACCAUCUGAGCAAUACCUGACAAAAGCCGCAAACCCUGAUGAAAAUCCUUCUAAUGUACAAGGAAUAGGCUCAGAACCUGAUAAUUUGGUGAUAACAUGGGAGUCUUUAAAAGGUUUUCAGUCUAAUGGACCAGGGCUUCAGUACAAAGUCAGCUGGCGUCAGAAAGAUUUUGAUGACGAAUGGACUUCUGUUAUAGUUGCAAAUGUAUCUAAAUAUAUUGUGUCUGGUACACCAACUUUUGUUCCCUAUGAGAUAAAAGUACAGGCUUUAAAUGACCUGGGAUAUGCUCCAGAGCCGUCAGAGGUGAUUGGACAUUCAGGGGAAGACUUGCCAAUGGUUGCUCCAGGCAACGUGCAGGUUCAUGUUCUUAACAGCACAUUAGCAAAGGUGCAUUGGGACCCAGUUCCACUAAAAACUGUCCGAGGGCAUCUUCAAGGGUACAAAGUUUACUACUGGAAAGUGCAGAGUCUAUCCAGAAGGAGUAGGAGACAUGUAGAAAAAAAGAUCUUGACUUUCAGGGGAAACAAGACUUUUGGAAUGUUGCCCGGACUGGAGCCCUAUAGUUCUUACAAGCUGAAUGUUAGAGUUGUUAAUGGUAAAGGAGAAGGACCGGCAAGCCCAGACAAAGUAUUUAAGACCCCUGAAGGAGUUCCUAGCUCACCCUCCUUUUUGAAGAUUACUAACCCAACAUUGGACUCUCUGACUCUGGAGUGGGGUUCACCUACUCAUCCAAAUGGUGUUUUGACAUCAUAUAUAUUGAAGUUUCAGCCAAUAAACAACACACAUGAAUUAGGUCCCUUGGUAGAGAUACGAAUUCCUGCCAACGAGAGCAGCUUGAUAUUAAAAAAUUUAAAUUACAGCACACGAUACAAGUUUUACUUUAAUGCACAAACGUCAGUUGGAUCAGGAAGUCAGAUAACUGAGGAAGCAGUAACCAUUAUGGAUGAAGCUGGUAUUCUCCGUCCUGCUGUAGGUGCAGGCAAAGGAUAUUCAGAAACCCUUUUUGCAACCUCCCCAGUCAUGCAUACUGCCCGUCCAACAUUCUAUAAGGUGCAACCACUUUAUCCAAGGAUCAGAAAUGUUACAACAGCUGCUGCUGAGACCUAUGCCAAUAUCAGUUGGGAGUAUGAGGGACCAGAUCAUGCGAACUUUUAUGUUGAAUAUGGUGUAGCAGGCAGCAAAGAAGAUUGGAAAAAGGAAAUUGUAAAUGGUUCUCGAAGCUUCUUUGUGUUAAAGGGUUUAACACCAGGAACAGCAUAUAAAGUCCGGGUUGGUGCUGAGGGCCUGUCUGGUUUUAAGAGUUCAGAGGAUGUGUUUGAGACAGGUCCAGCAAUGGCAAGUCGGCAGGUAGACAUUGCUACUCAAGGAUGGUUCAUUGGUCUUAUGUGUGCUGUGGCUCUUCUUAUCUUGAUUUUACUGAUUGUUUGCUUCAUAAGGAGGAAUAAAGGUGGCAAAUAUCCAGUGAAAGAAAAGGAGGAUGCACAUGCUGAUCCAGAAAUACAACCUAUGAAGGAAGAUGAUGGAACAUUUGGUGAAUACAGGUCCAUGUCUACUUGGACAGUAAAGAAAAUGGACAAGGAAAAGAAAAGACCAGGUAGCUGUGCCAAAUCUCCUGAAGCAAACUCAGUCUUUACCAAAGCAAUUUCUGUGAGAUCUGACAGAUCCAACUUCUUCAGAAGGUCAGGGGAUCAAUACUCCAGCACCAGAUCAGAGACCUCCUUCUCCAGGAGGAGGGCUAGGCAGUCUUCAGAGAUCACAAGGGUUAGUUCUGUCUCUGCUUCCCUCUGCCAAGAGGAAAAGAGGUCAAAUGAAUGGAAGUACAGGCAUGGCUCUAGACAUCAUGCUUCCAAGCAACAGAUAAUGGGGUCGGAGGAGGGCUCAGAUUCUCAGGCAGGACAGCCUCCCCCUUUCCAGCAACAGCUCAGCUGCAGCUCAGUUCGUGGCUCACUGGCAAGGCCACGUUCUUCUCUCCAGCAGUGGUUCAGCCAGACUCCAGACUACAGCUCAGAUUCAGAAGGCUCUCAAAGCUCCUACCACAAGAAGGUAAGACCUUCUACUACUACUCAUUUCUUUGAAACUGAAAAAAAUACACUAAUGAGAUCUAUAUUAUUGCCUGAAUUGACUACUGUGUUAAAGGAUGCACUGACAGCAGCCAGACAAAGUAUAACUUCUGUGGCACAGGCUAGCUCCCAUUCAGUAAAGCAUCCCAGGGUACCAAUUACUGAAGUUCCUGUGGUUCCUCUAGAAGCAACUGGGAGCAGUUCCCAAGCUUUUGAGUCUGACUGUGUGGACAGUUUAGAAGAGCAAACAGCUCCUAGUAAGGAGAAAUCUAGGGCUGAAAAGGCCUUGGAGGAUGAGUCAUCCCCUGAAGACGUGGAGGUGUCAUCUCAGUCACUUGCAGAAGAACAAGAGGAACUGGAUCCUGUGCGUAAGUUUGACAUGGAGAAUCAGAAUUAUCUGUUCAAGCACAUUAAGAGAGUGCUAAUGUUGAAAUCUUCCAAAUCUGAAUACCGUUCAGAAGAACUGCCUAUCCCCUCUGAAGAAAGCAAGGUAGAAAAUGCCCUUCCUAUCCAUUCAGCAGUGGAAAAUCUUGUCUGUAGGAUUUGGGGUAAUCCUGAGGCAAAUCAUGAAGCCCCGGCAGUCCUACGUAAGGUAUAUCCUCUUCCAGCAGAUAAAGCUGCGUUGUGGGGGGCCUUGCCUGAGGUAGACAGGGCAGUGGUUACUGAUGAUUCUGUACCUGCUGAUGUGGAUGCCCUCCCUAAAGAUCCUACUGAUAGAAAGGUUGAGGAAGCAAUCAAAAGAUCUUUCAGGCUAGUAGCAGCCCAGCUUGGAGUAUCCAUCUACUGCACCUACGCUUCAAGAGCCUUGCUAAUAUGGCUGGAGGAAGAACAAGACAGAGUCAAAAAGAAAUGGGUCCAAUCCACUGCCAGGCAGAGGACACGUAGGCUAUGUAAAAUUGCAGCUAAUUUCAUCCAUGAUGCAGCUGAGGAUUCUCUAAGACUCACAGUUAAAAAUAUGGCCUGCCUCACAGUAGCCUGGAGAGCUGUAUGGCUACGGCCUUGGAGCUCAUCACUAGAUCUAAAAUGUCGUCUGCUGUCUUUACCAUAUGCAGGUGGCAAGCUAUUUGGUGAAUCCGUGGUAAAGAUCAUGAAGGAUUUUUCAGAACGCAAACGUUCCUUCCAUCAGCUGAGAAAAAAAAGAUCUACUGAAAGCUCUUUGUGUUCUUAUCCUCACAACUGUAGGAGCUCCUUCCAUUCUCCCCCUAAGUUUAAAGGAGGGAAGCGAAAGUACAAGGUCUCACAGUCAUUUCACACCAACUACAAAAGGACAUCUCAUUUUCAGAGCGACAUGAGAGCCUUCAAGAGGAACUUUCUGACAAUAUAGGCUUGCUUCCUUUUUUCUCAGGAGCUGGGAAAAGUGGAAGAUUUGGAAAUUUAUGGUGAACAGACAUCAGUAUUUCUGGACAAGUAAGCCCAAUGCUUAGGGAAUUAGUUGCUUCAAAGUAAGAUUUAAGUAAUUCUGCCACUAAUUAACAUUUUCCAGAAAAGUUGUGGCUCUCAGAGUUAGGGGGAGUUUUUGUCACAUUCAGUUGCCAGGCUUCUUGGUAUUUUUGAGAUAGUCUGGCCCUGUUUGAAGUUUUUUACUCUUCAGCUGUAUUUCUUUACCUAAGAGCAUACUUCCUGCAGAACAUGCUGACCUGGGAUUUUUCUACCAUAUCAGUCUAAUGAAGGAAACAAUGCUUUAGGAAACCCAGUUGUUUUGGGAACUACAGAAUAACUGGAUACACAGUCCCCCUGUGACUGGAGGCGUAAUCGGAUCUUCACAUAACAAGGGAAAACAGGGCCUCUGGAAGUCCAUUUUAUGGCAAAGCAAUUGCAUUACAGUCCUGAUGGUUUUGAGUUACAGCAGACUGAAACAGUUGUGAACAGUGAAUGAUUACACCAAGACACUGCAAGAAGUACCACAAAUGAAUGUUUGUUUAAAGAAAAAAAUAAACAAAAACAAAGACAUAGGGCUCCUGUUUAGGUCAGCACCUGUAAUAAAUCAGCCUAAAUUUCUGUCCUGGGCCAUGAAUCAAGAGAAAUUAAGGAGUUAAAACGUUACAGACUUUUGGAUUUGAGGGUGGGGAAAGAUUGCAAGCAUGCAUUUGUUAGUUAACUUUAUGGAAAGUAUGAAAGGGAAGCUUUUCACAUCUCUUAUUACAUGAUAUUAGAUGAUAGUAGUAUAGAUGACUAUGUUACAUGAUAGUAGUCCUACAGUGGUAGGACUACUAGUGUGGUUGCACAGGCUGUUUGCACAUUUCAUAGAAUUCUUUUGCCUCUUUUCUGGAGUGUUUUGAUGCACAAAAUCUUUUUUCCAAGAAAUUCCUAGCUACUCUGUGAGAGACUUUCUGGAAAUGGUUGGUGCUGAACUCUGAGGAUGUUAAGUACUAUGUUAGCCUUCUGUCUUUCUCUAGAUUGAUUAACAAUGCAGAUACAGUUUACGAUCUGCAAUAGUAUUUUUCUCUAUUGUAUUUUUUCAAAUUCUACUGCAGCCUAGGUUUGUUUCCAGGUGGAUCUGCCAAUAAUUUGUGCCCUCACGUCUAAGCUCAGUUGCUUCUAACACAAGAGGUAAUGUCGAUAGACUGUCUGGAGGAAUCUUAUCGCUGAAUAGUCUAACUGGAUUUGGCAGCAGUCUUACUAUGUCCUUGUUCACAAACACAUGCUUUCUUUGAUGGUUCCUAACUUAAUUCUUGGACGUCCAUGUCCCUUCUUUUCUGAAUUGAUUUCAUUUUAUAUGUUUUUCAUCCAGAAGACAUAGUAAAAUGUAGAAAAUUUGAUUAUCUCAAGUACAUUUUUCUUUAAAUUUUCACAAGGAGAGGGUUGGAUUCUUUGACUAACAGCAGCUUUUUCAACCUAUUGCCAGUUAGAGGAAGAGUUUUCCAGUUUUUACAGCUUCGGCCGAAAUUGAAGAUCAGGAUUGCAAACAUGCUAAAGACAAGCUAUUUAGAAAACUAACAUAGAUAGCUAGAUUAGAAAUGGUAAAAAAUUCUGAAAUCUGGACUGAGACAUAAUGCAUAGGGAAAUAUAUGCAUAGGUGUCUAGAGAAAGAGUUUUUCAUCUUCCUGGUCUUCAGUAUCCCUAACAACUUAGAAGCAUGAGCAGAAACAUGUUAGGGCAGAGUUUCUCUUGAAAUUUACAGGGAAGCCAUAGUCUAAGGUACUUUUGUGGUUUUAUAUGAAUGCUUAUACCUAACCAUUUCUGGGCUGUUGACCUGGGGGAAAAAAAAGGAAUUUAUUCCCAACAAAUUUUUUCUGCAUCCUCUUAUCCAGUCGCCCAGAAUGCUUCACCAAUUUGUUUGCGUUACCUUUCAUGCAACAGUUGUGUUAUAAGGAAAAGUAGUGUAUUUCUAACCAUAUAUUGAGUUGUUUUGCAUGUCCAUUAAUGUGGCAAAGUUUAGUGGGAACUAAUUGCCUGCUGGACUGCAGAGGCAUCAUAAAACUGUCUUCCCCAUUCUGACUGGUUGCUGCAUGUACCCAUUUCUAAGGAAGAAAAAUUAAAAAGGUGAAGGAAGAAAGGAGAUUUCAAGGUAACACAUUUCUUUCAAUAACUGUGAUAAGCUUGUGAAAUAAAGUCGUUUUUUAAAAUAAGUUUGUACUUUAUGCUUGCUAUUAUCACCUCCCUAGUUCUUCAGAUCUCUUAGUCAUUAGCUGCAAGCUGGCUAUUUGUUUCAUGAAACUAAGAAGAAAAAGAAAUAUGUAUUCAUAUAUUAGCAGUACUUUAUGAAAAAUAUUUAAAUCAUACUUUCAGAGUAUACUUAGUAUUAAACACACUGUUCUUACUAAAAUGGCAAGAAGUGCCUGGUUAUCUGUAAGUAUCAGUCUUUAUUAAAAAACUAUCAUCCUUAAAAAGCUAACAGUAUUAAGUUUAUUUGUAAAACAAUAAAAAGUAAAAAUAUCAGUGAACUUAACUUUCACGGCUGUCUCAUCUACAUGCAAAAUUCAUACAUGUACUCACCUCCUGUUUUGUUCCCAGUACUUACUGUCUCACUAUUAAUUGUAGGCACAAUGUAUGUGACAUAUUUCAAAAAGCUUUUAAAUUAUCCACGGUAAUUUUAUUCAGUCUAACUUGUACUUUAUUUUCCACUUCAAAAUACUGCACUAGGUAAGUGUAAAAGUCAGCAAACAAAACCACAAGCAAAAAAAUAAAAGAAAUUAUGAUCUAUCCUGAUUGCAUUUUGGAACAAUUUUAGGAAAGAUCAUAAACAAGAUUAGCAAGCCUCAGAGAUAUUGUAUCAAAAUUUCUGGCUUUAACAUGUUUCUGCAGUGUAGGAUUACACGUUCUAAAGCCAGUAUUUUAUGGCUAUUUGGGCUUCAGUAUUCAUAAUGAGACAAUCCUGCUACUUUUUCAAAUUGCUUCUUGGCAGCGCACAGAAAGUCCAUUCAUUUUCCCAGAGCGCUAGGUUCCCUUCUCUGUUUUGCACCCCCAGGGUUAUAAAAAUGCUGUCCAAAACACUGGCGUUUUCACUUCCUCUGCCUCUGUCUCUGUCUGUCUGUCUGUCUGUCUCUCUCCUAUUUGUUUCUUACUCUUUCUUCCUCAGUUUCUUUCCCUUCCACUCAAAAUUCUAUAUUGAUAUCUAAUGCAAGAGUCACAAUCACAGUCUGGUUUGGUAAAGAGUCAUGGUACUGUGGCAUAUGUUUUCUCUUCUUGGACAAGUGGAAAGCACCCUGGCUAAUCCCACUUCUCUUUUUACUGCUAGAGUCCAGGCAGGACUCUUUCUGGACUUUUAUGGUGCAGAAAGGGAGGGAAACCCCGGGUUCAGAUUUGAUUUCUGUAUCUGCUGAAAGCAUGCACUUACACCAGCAGCCACAUCCAUGCAGGUGCACUCCUGGAUAAAUGUGCAGUUUUGUUUGGUUUUUAAUUAUACAGACAGUAGAAUCUGCAUCCUUACUAAAAU